UCUUUUUCCUUUUUCUCUCUAACGUGUGUUGAAGAUGUUUCUGAGCUAAUCGAUUUUCUUUUCUUCUUUCUUCUUUAUUAAUGAUUCUUCUAGCUAGGCAUACCGGCUAAAUUAAGCUCUCCCUCAGUAUUACGAACUUAAAAUGGGUUCUUUUGAAAUUCUAACAGGAGAGUAGAAGAAGAGCUUGUUUGGCAGUGAUUCAAGGAAUCGUUUCUAAUCUUUCUAGCACUUGAAAACAAUUCUUUUGGUAAAAAAUUUCAUCUAUUAGAAAGGUUAAAAGUCCUUGAUAGAAUCACCACCAAACGGAUUCAAAUUCGAUUUUGUUUUCUGGGUUUGAGCUGAUUUUGAAUCUUAUAUCAUAUGUGGUUUUGGUCUUCAAGAAAUAAUUACUGAAUUAAGCUAUAGCAUACGUAGCUGGGAAGCGGACUUCAAACCAGUGGACGCUAUAGCUUGGCAUAAUCUUCACAUUUUCUGGCCUCUCUUUAAGAUAAUUAAAAUUUGAAUAAGCUGUAUAAAGAAGUGCAACUCCUGUUUUAGUUAGUUUUGAAUGGAUGAUGUGAUGAGUGGAGAAACAUAGCCCUCAUAUUUGUACAAUUAAUUUGGUUUGAAUAUAUUCAAAUACCAGUCCCACCACAUGUCUCUUCUAAUUGUGCCCUCGAUGGCACGACAUUGGCCAUGUCCUGGGAAGGUCCCUACAAUUUUUGCAGCUAGCUACCCAGGUUUUAUAUCAACUACAGAUUUUAGAUAUGAAGUUUUGGGUUGAUAAACCACAAAGGCUAUACUUGCUGAACCAAUUCUCUAGUCCUGGGUACAUGUAGCUGAAAAGGGCUGCCCACCAAGCCUGAUAAGGAUUCAGUGUUUAUGGAUCAAUUUAAGCUUGUCAUGGCUACCAUAGUCAUACAAGACAUGUUAUCACAGCAAGACCAGCUGGAGCAGGCAGCAAACUACAUAAAGCAACUGAAGGAAAGAAUAGAGGAAUUAAAGGGGAGGAAGGAGCUGGCAACGAGGGUUUCAGGAACAAACAAUAAUCUCAUCGACGCGGUGAUGAUUGGCUUGAGAUUGCCGGUGAUCGAUUUGAGGGACUUGGGUUCUAGUCUAGAAGUGAUGCUGAUUAGUGGGUUGAACAAGAACUUCAUGUUAUACGAGGUCAUUAGUGUUCUUGAGGAAGAAGGAGCCGAAGUUGUGAGUGCUAGCGUUUCAACUGUGGGCGAUAAGGUUUUCCACUCACUCCAUGCCCAGGUCAAAAUCUCUAGAGUUGGUGUAGAGACUUCAAGGGUCUGGCAGAGAUUGCAGGAGUUAAUCUACUGAACUUUUCCGAGUUGUUUGAGCAAGUUACUACACUAUGAAGACUACCUCUACUCAGAGAAUAUGGCCAUUAAGAGUCGUUUACAAAUAAUUCUAGGAAGCACUUCUGGCCUUUCUAACAUUUAGAAAAUUUUUAUUUAUAAGUAUUAGAAAGGUUAAAAACAUUUUCUAUGGAGGGAUCUUCACAUCUCCACUCUCUAGGCCAAUUCUAUAAUUCAGUGAAUGUAAAUUGGGUGUUAGUAUGUGAUAUCUUAUAUCUAGGUUGUGGCCUAAAUGGUUGAGUGUAAAAUGUUGGGAAUAUGCUUUUAAUGAUAUGGAUUCAGUGCUUGCUUUGUAGUUUCA